CGAUGAUUCCGAUCCCCACCCUCCCAUCGAUCCCGCCCCGUCUCGGUCUCGACCCUCCACGCCGGCGACCGGAGCAGGGACCGCGCGGGAGACGGCGACGGAGACGGCGACGGCGACGGAGACGGCGACGGCGACGGCGACGGCGGCUCCUCGCCCAGCUCCGGCGGCGGCAGGCCCCGCGGCGUCGUGCCAGGAUUGAAGGAGGUAUGAGAAGGCGCACGUUGUUGUUGGAGUGAUUUGAUUUCUGGAAAUGGUGUUGGUGGUGAAACAACACCGCUGCACACACUCGGCGAGCUGCGUCUGCACCAAGGGCCAUCUCAGUGAGGAUGCCCUCUUCCUCGUCUUCCGCCACAUGAACUGGAACCCAAGGCUGAUAGCUAUCCUCUCAUGCGUGUGCAAGUGGUUUGAUGAGGUUGCCAAGCAGGUGCUGUGGAAGGAGUUCUGUCAUGCAAGGGCGCCGAAGAUGAUGCUGGACUUGCAUUCAGGUGGCAGCCACAUUGUUGAUGGAAACUGGAAAGCGCUCGGGAAGCUGCUUAUCUACUGCAAUGGAUGCACAAAAGGGGGGCUUUUUAACAACAUUCAUGUACCGGGCCAUUUCGUGUUCAGGACGCGCUUCUCGAGGACUGCAGGCAAGAGUUUCCUGCCUCUGCCAUGUAAGUCAGACGUCCUGUAUGUGUCAGAUCCAUGCGAGCAUCUUGAUCAGGGUGAAGAAGGCGACUUGGGUUUCUUUCGAGGUAUCUUUAAGUCAUUCGCCACCUCAAGGGUAAAGAAGAUGUUGAUUGAGAAGCGGGCUAGGUUUCAUCCAAGGGAGUUGUGCCCUUAUUGUAAGGCCAAGCUAUGGAACAUGUUCCAGGAGAAUAUGAUUCCGAGAAGUGCUUCCGCUAGGCUGGGUGCUUAUGAUGAUUCUGUGGAGUAUUUUGUAUGCCUGAAUGGACAUGUUAUUGGAAUUAGCACACUGCUACCGCUCUCAGAUUCAGAGGAGGCAGCAGAUGAGUAAUCAUCAAGAACUUGAAUCAGGUUUGCAAGAUUGAAGCUCAGGGGCUUGUGAAAGCGAUUUCGUAAAAUCUUGGUUGUGACCAGCAGACAGUUGGAUGGCUGGUCCGGUAAACUGUGGCACGACAAGAAUCUGUGAUGGGCUUUGCAUCGAACUGCUGCAGUGUUUCUUCCAGGGGCAUUUGCAUCAGAUGGGGGGAAAAAGAAGAGCUAUUUUAUAGUGUCUCUCCUUUAUUUAUGGAUACGUCAUUAGUCAUCACUUGUUCUUGUAACUGCAAAGACAGACGACAUCACUUGCCUGUUUUUUCGACAUGUUCACAUCAUGUGUAGUGUGGUAUUUGGUUUAGGGUGACUUGUGA